GUUGUCGACAGUGCAUCGGGCAAGAUCGAGACAGGACAUCGUGAAUUUGCGAUAAUCUUGCUCUUUGCGAAAGCAGUAGCAGGUCGUGCAGGUUCUUUUCAUAGUUGUUGUGACCAUUUGCCACUUUCUCACUCGAGUUGCACUUACAACUUAUUCUGCAACUAGACCUCUUCGUUGGUUUCGGAACAACAACAAUAUCAUGAAGGGAGAAAUGCGAGCGAGGACUAUUUCAGCUGUGACACGUGCACGUCGCGUAUCGCGCUGGCUCUUCUUCGCGGCCGAUUUUUUUGUCUCCGCUUUUUGCCUCCGCAGCACACUGCUAGGGAAGCGCUCUUUCAGCAAUCCCCCGGCGUGCCCGCCACGUCAAACCUCAGCGGCCGCUGGAAAUCUUCCACUGCGACGCCUGCACCUGGUAAGUGAAGGUUGAUGUUUUUCGGUAACUGGCGCUAGAACAAACACAGGCAGAAAAAUCGCUGGAGUUGUCCAAGAUGUUUGUCAAUUGCACGCACGACUGAUGUGUGAGUAGUUUUCCUCUAGUAAAGUCCUGAUUUGUAGCAAUGAAUGGCGAGGAAGUACGCAAUUACAACUCGCACUAAAGAAAUCGCGAUCAUCCUCUCAUUGUAAAAACACCUAGGGUCCGCGUUCUGUUCCUGUCGGCUCGACAAGCAGUAGCGAAGCACGUGCGCUCGACGAGAGCCCCUGCAUUAAAACGGUCGAAAAUUUUCUUGUUGCCGCGAAUCGAGACGAUACGCACCGGGACCUACAAGCGGCUCAUCGGAAUGAUGAAGGCGGAAAUAACAAGGUGGAAAUAUCCAAGUUUACGACGUCAUCUCGCCGUGCCUUUUCUCAUCACGACGAUGGAACUACACCAAAAAUGAGCGACUUUACCGUCCUUUCGCACCGCGACCUAUCCAUGUUCGAUAGUCCCGCAGCCGUAGUUCCGAAAGCCCGACCCAGCUCUCCGCCCGCUGCGAUGAAGAAAGUUACGUCGCCGGUCAACAUCUCGUUUGGUGCUCUAAGCUGCAGAAGUUCUCCGACUGGUGGGAUGAACAAGAACCUGCUUUCAUCGCCGCGCGAGCGGGCAGCUGCUGGUCCAAAUCUUGCGAUACCGAAACUCAGAGCUGUGCCAGCAGUAUCUCCUGCAGGUGCGGUGAACAUCAAGCAGCCAUCUGUGGACGAGCAGUCCGAAAUAAUUGUUCUAAGCGAAGAACAUAGGCGGGCGCAACAAGAUCUUGACGAGAAAAAGUGCGUGAUUGCGUGAAACCGAAGUUGCAAGUCCGCUCUGUGGUCCUCACGCUGGUUCAUUCAAAUGGAAAUGCGCGGUGGUAUAACAUGAAAGAUACGGUGUUGAUGUACUCGCCGCGAACGGGACCACGACGAAC